GUGUGUAUUGCGCAUUGUUGCGCCGCCAUGAUAAAUCGUAUGUAAAUAUCGAUCGCGUAUAAAAGCAAGUGACGAUCUCGUUGGCUCAUCAAAUAAGAACAAACCUUCACGGAGUGCGCGUCGAUUGUGCGACAUUUCCUCGAUAUCGUUUGACUUCCUUCGACAUUCCUUGAUUUUCAACAAUUAGUAAAGCGUAGUGACAAGAAGCUGAAGAAAAUGUCCAAGCUGAACUUCAAAGCGUAUUUGGUAAACGAGGCGGAUCCGUCUAGCACGGAAAUACGCAGAUUCUGCAUCGACGCCGAUGUCGCGAUAAAUUUUUUGUAUCUGCGUGAAAAGCUGCAAAUUGUGUUCCCGGAACUGCGAGGAAAACAUUUCAACGUUAUGUGGAAAGAUGCGGAAAAGGAAAAUAUUAUUAUAUCAACCAAUGAGGAACUGGAGAUUGCACUGGAUGAAACAUCCCGAAACGAAACUUCUACCUCCCCUAUCCUGAAACUGUAUAUUGUAUUACAAGCUGAGCGAGAACCACUAGAUAUGUCACAGUUACAAAAAGUACUGCACCCUGGUGUGGUUUGCGACGGAUGUAAUAAGGAUAUACAUGGUUUUCGCUUUAAAUGCAUGCAGUGUCCAGAUUAUGAUCUUUGCACUGAAUGUAUGAUGCUUGGAACACAUGCGGAACAUUACAUGGUUCGUAUGACAGAACCAAUUAAAUGGUCCAGUCGUGAAGGUCGUCGACUCUCUCAUCGUGUGCGAAGUUUCUUGAAGAAACAUUGCAGAGAAGAACACAAGUCACACCAUUCUGGUCAUUCUUUUCAUUUUGAUGAUUUUCUUGGUGGUGAUCAUGGCCGUCACUUUCCUCGUUGGGGCUAUAUAGACGGUACAUUUUCCUUUGGCCAGAGACUUUUUGAUUGGUCCGCUGAGGCUGCAACCGAAGCAACGGAAGAUUCCCAAGAUAAUAUCACUUAUCUUCCGCGCCACAAUCUUGUCAUCAUAGAUAAUCGCAAACCUGCUGCUAGCAGCAGCAACCAGACCGAGUCCAAAACAAAGUCGCCAAAACCUGAGAAACGUACUGCUUCCUCGACACAAGAAACGUCCAUUAAAAAGUUCCCAGGUGAGGGAAAGAAAUUACGUGAUGACAUUGGAGAUAAGAAGGCUGCUUGUUCGACGAAUGACGCAUCACAGAAAGAAGUGUCAGCAGCCACAACAGUGGCAACAACUACUGAGGCAGCGACAGAAACGACAUUAGCAACAGCGUCGACGUCAGCGACAGCGUCAACAUUAACUCCUACAGCUCCUACUGAACAAGCGUCCGAAGCAGAGGAAUGGACAAUGGUGCAACGCGAAGGUCUCGUCAGUCGCACGUCAUCUAUUUCAUCUUCUAGUAACGGAACUACACCUAAUCUGGUUACGCCACCCGAACCGACAGAACAAGAGAAAACAGAACCGUCGAAGCAGAUCUACCCAACCUUACCGCAAGAAGUAAAAAAUGAUUUCUUUCAUCCUAAUCCCAAGAUUCAACGUGCUGUGGAGACGAUGAUAAACAUGGGAUUCUCCAACGAGGGCGGUUGGCUCACCCAUUUGUUGGUUUCGAAAGACGGCGAUAUUGGCAAGGCGUUAGACGUAUUACAACCGGUGCGAUUUAAUCAGUAAAGCAGAGCUAAAAUUACUGCAUAGUAUAUAGUAUGUAAUACAUGAUGACAAACGACGAAUAUUAUUAUAACCAAUUAUUUUGUUUCUUUUUUUAGUUCUAGACUGGGAAUAAUAGUAACUGUAAUGGUAAUUACAAUAAAUUAUCGUAAUCGAUCACUAAUCUUUUUUUUUCAAUAGUUAUAGAUGAUAAAUAUGGUAAAUGGUAUUUUUAAUAAUAAUUAAAAAGUACCACGGUUCAUAAAUUAUUUAUCGUUUUUUAAGGGUUGAAGACAUACGUAAUGUAUUCUCUUAAUCAUAGUUAUCGAUUAUGAUGCUCGUAUGCAAUGUAGCUCGAGCAAAAGAGCAUCAUGUAUGUAGCAGACUUGUACGUGUGUGUACAACAUACAAAAUGCAUAUAAUAUAGAUAAGCAAGAUCCACGCUCCUGGAGAGAAAGAAACAGAUAUAAUUUUGUAUUACUAUUUUGACGUAACGGAUAUGUAAUUUUUCGCAGUGUAUUGUUAUGACUUGGGUGUUGUACUCGUUAUGUUAAUAUAAAGUUACGCAUAUGUGAAAAAUUA